AUGCUCCAGAGCUUGGACGGGGAGGAUGCAGGGGGAUGGCCUGCUUGCUGUCCUGGCUGCCACCCGGCCUUGUCUGGGGAUAACUGGACUGCGACUGGGCAGCCUGGCCCUUUAUUACUGCCCUUCACCCUCCCAAGGCCUGGACAGUGGUUUGGGGCCUCUCCUCGUGGGCUGGGGAAAAGGAGGACAGCAGCCCCCACGAGUCUUGCUGGGCCGCCGGGGCCUGCCUGUGGGGUUGGGCACAAGAGGAGAGCGUGGGCAGCCGUGGACAGGAGGCAGGCAGAAGGCAGAGGGAGGGGCAGCCUGUGGGCAGGUGGGGAACAGGAAGAAGUGAGCCGCUCAGGGGUCUGUCCCGGGCAGGUGCUGGGUUGGGGACAGGAGGGAUGGGAGCCAGGGCCAAGGAUGAGUGAGCUGAGACGAGAAUAG